AUGUACAUCCUUCAGCAACUCACAUUUCUGCUGGUAGCUUUGCUCAGUAUAACACCAGGCUGCUCGGCAUGGAGCUUUUCUCGCCAGCUAAAUGGUACCACCUCCUUUAACGGGACAGCUUUGAACGGCUCAUCUAGCUGCCCCUUAGCUAAUGGAGCAACAUCUAACCCACUUCAAGUAUAUACCAUUUCUGCAAACAACAUAACUGCAUCAUUCAUCCCAUACGGUGCCCGUCUAAUUUCUCUCAUGGUCCCCGAUCGCGAGGGUAAGAUGCAAGACGUUAUUGUGGGCUACGAUGACCCCCAUGACUAUGUCAAGGACACACUCACAAAUCAUACGUAUUUUGGGUGCAUUGUCGGACGAUACGCCAAUAGAAUUAGAAAUGGCACAUUUGUUUUGGAUGGGACUACAUAUAACACGCCAAAAAAUGAGCUAAAUAAAACCCAGACAUUACACGGUGGGAAUGUUGGUUAUGACCAACGUAACUGGACUGUUACGGCUCUGUCGAAUCGCUCUAUAACCUUCAGCUUAUUCGAUUCCGGCUAUGAGCACUUCCCGGGGGAUGUCCUUAAUCAUGUUACGUUCAGCGUCAAUUCCUCCUAUGGCUCGAAAAGCCCUAGUCCACAGGCCGAGUUCACUGCUCGAACUGUUUCUCUCUCUUUGACAGAAAAGACCCCCAUCAUGCUGUCGCCCCAUAUAUACUGGAACCUCAACGCUUUCAAGAACAAGACCGUAUUAGAAGACACACGGCUUCAGCUACCACUAUCUACUCGAUACGUGGAAGUAGACUCGCGACUUAUCCCAACAGGGGGGAUAGGCAAUGUCACUUCCUCUCCAAACGGUACUCUAGACUUCACUAAAGAGAAGUUGAUCGGGAAAGAUAUCAUGUCUGCAAAUGGAAUCUGUGGAGCAAAUUGUACUGGAUACGACAACUGCUUCAUCAUCGACAGACCCAGCAACGCAUCUGACUGGACUUCUUCCCCUGAAACAAUGGCCCCUGCUGUAAACAUGUCCUCUACCACUACCGGUAUAAAUAUGCUUGUCACAACAAAUCAGCAGGCUAUUCAAAUAUAUUCCUGCAAUGGGCAGAACGGUACGAUUCCUGUCAAAGGCUCACAAGUGGCAAGGAAUAAGGCGAGUGGUGAUGGAAAGGGUACUAUUGUGGAUAAGAUAGAAAAGUAUGGCUGCCUCGUUAUUGAAACUGAGGGUUGGAUCGAUGGCAUCAAUAACCCGAAAUGGGACCAGGAUCUAUUCCAGAUAUUCUCCCCAGAGUCAGGGCCUGCAAUAAACUGGGCAACGUAUGUGUUCAGCACUUCUUGA